UUUUACGCAUCUGCAUGUAUUUUAUUUCACAUACUACAUGUCGUUAUACAUAUAUAGACACAUUAAUGCUUAUAUUGACAUAGUAUGAUAGAUCUUCACGUGGAUGUAUGACAUUAUUGUCCAAUAGAUAAUAUUAUGUAAAAUAUAAUAAACUUAUUUAAUCUUUAUAUGAUCUACAUAAAAUUUUAUUGCGCUAUAAGUGUUAUGUUCAUGUAUAAUUAAAUAUUGUGGUCUAUAAUUCUUUCGAUCUCCUUAUUGGAUAUUUAUAUAACCUCAUAAGUACGAUCUUUUGAAGGUAGUCAAAAAGAUAGAUAUAUUAUUCUCAACAUUUUAUAUAGUGUUUGCUUUAUGAAGAUAGAAUUGCAAUAAUUACAGAAUGUCUGUGUUCUACCAAUGCAUUAUUUGUCAGCAUCAAAAUGCUACUGUCAUAGAUUUACAUAAUCAUCAUAUUCAACAUCACAAUCCAACAGAAUUAUCGCAAACUAUUAUUAAUCUUCAAGGCUUCAAAGUUUUGAAUGAUAUGAAAUGUACAAAAAAAAAAUAUUUGCAACCUAUAAAUUUAGGUGAUAACAAUAACAAUGAAAAUAUAUACAAUCAUGUUUUUAUUAAACCUGAACCAAAAUAUAAGUAUAAAAAUGAAGCAAUUAAUUCACCAAAAAAAUUCACCCAUGAUAAUUGUUCGAUAAACUGUAGUCAGUUUAUUGCUUGGGAACGUGAAUUGUAUCAAAGAAAAGAAAUAACUGAUGAAGAAUUUUUUAAUAUCACUGAAAGUCUUUGCAUUGAUCUAAAUAAGAAGAAGCAUAGAGGAAAGAAGAAAAAAGAUAAAACAGGCAUAGAAGAGACAAAUAUAAGAAAUAUGUUACAGCAAAUCAAUACAAUUAUAGGAAUAGAAAGUACAACUGUGAAACAAAUAAAGACUGAGCCUUGUGAAACAGCAACAACUUCAUUUUGGAAUAAUAUAGAUUCCACCGUUAAUACAACUAUUAAUGAAGAAUUCCUUGUACCAAAGAUAACAAAUCCAAUAGAAAAUACUGAAAAAAAACAGUUUACAGCAUUGGAAGUAGUUACCACUAAUACAGAUACAGAUGUUUUGACAUAUAAUUCAUCAUGUAAUAACUUUCCUUGGAAUUCUAUUAUUACUGUGAGUGCUGAUGAACAAGAAAUGUCUGUUGAUGGAAAAAAUCUUUAUUCUGAGCCAGAGCAAAUUGACAUUGCAAAUUUUCUUUAAACAUAAUAUAUGUGUUUUAGCUAUAUGGAAAAUUAUAAAGACUGAAUGAAGUACAAAUAAUACAGACAAUGUCUUUUUAUAUUAUUAUGAAAUCUGAUUACUUUGUAAGUUUGUUACUUUCCAGAUUUAUGUUUGUGUGUAAUA